AGUUGAGCGAAGGAGACGAUACAGCGAUCCAACAUUGAGCCACCGACCGGUUGUCCGUAAUCUCGGUCUACAGCCCGUGAUCGAGCGAUCGAGGUAGCAGUUCCAAGACACAGUUGCUCAGACAGUUAGCGCGGACGGUGUUUGUAGGUCAGUCUGGUCGGAUGUGCGACAAAGAGUGAAAGUGCAAGAAACUAAAGUGUAAACAUCGCGCAUCGUCACCAUGAAGAGGUUCAACCUGUUCGAUGUUACGUUACGGCUGGUCCUGGCGGUAACGCUGGCCGCGCUGAUUCGACCUAGCAGUGGACAAGACUUCAAAGGUGCCAUCGAUCAGUGCACCAAGGAGUUCGACAUGGAUAUGGAUGUGGUUAUCUCGCUCAAGUACGGUGACUUUAGCGAGCGUGACCCGCUGAUAGAGUGCUUCACCGAGUGUCUGAUGAAGCGAUCGGGCUUCAUGUUCGACGACUACUCGUACAACAAGACGCUGAUCAUCGGCUUCGCGGGACGCUACCUGGAACCGGAGGGGGCACAAACAGUUUGGGAAAAUUGCGCGGACAAAUUUGGCACGACGGUGUGCGUAACCGGAUUUGAAAUGUAUCAGUGUAUCCACGAGACGGCCGUUUCUGAAUGGGUGGAAAGUAAUUUCUAGGCCUCACCGCCACCAAGCUUGACACCAGGUUGAAUGUCAUUGCAGCCGGAAAGAACUGAACGAUGAUUUGAUUAUGGGUGGACCAUUCAACAUUUUUGUUAUGUAAAUUUUAACAUCAGUUCAUUGAGUUCGUUUUUCAUGAUUUAGACUUAAGUUAGUUUUCUUAAGUAUUUAUGAAGAGUUUUAUUUAUUUGACUUUUUAUUUAUUUCAUUAUUUAUUUAUUUAUUUGCAUGCAUGAAUAUUAUUGCAAGGCGAUUUUGCUAUUUCAACAUAACGUGCAUGAUUUAGAUAAGACAAAGUUUGAAGCUUUAAUAGAAUAAAAAGUUAAAUAUGGUAUAAGU